AUGGCGCUUGAUCCUUUUCCAAAGUAUGAAACGGCUAUUAAUUUUGGAGAGAGCCUUCGUGCGAUGGAUCGUGCUCCGUCGCACCGGGUUCUCGGCACCACCACCUGUCGCUCGGGUUACAGCUGUGCCAAACGCUCCCCACAGCAUCGACCGACGAAUCAUUCGCGGGAAGCAUUGAGCCCAGUAGGCCACCCUGUGCCUAAUGGAAAAGUGCUGAGUACACAUGUACCUCGUGCAAUAAAGAUAAAAAUGGAAGCCAGCUCACAAUCUCUGGCUCCAAAGUUCCGGGAUUUGUGA